AUGAGCUACUAUGGCAGCUACUACGGAGGCCUGGGCUAUGGUUAUGGCUGUGGAUGUGGCAGCUUCCGUGGCCUAGGCUAUGGUUUUGGUGGCUUGGGCUAUGGAGGCCUGGGCUAUGGUGGCUAUGGCUACAGCUGCCACCGCCCGUCUUGCUAUGGAAGCUACUAUGGGGGCCUGGGCUAUGGCUACGGCUCUGGUUAUGGCUGUGGAUAUGGCAGCUUCCGUGGCCUAGGCUAUGGCUUUGGUGGCUUGGGCUAUAGAGGCCUGGGCUGUGGUGGCUACGGCUAUGGCUUCUACCGCCCAUCUUACUAUGGAAGGUAUUAUUCCUAUGGCUUCUACUGA